UAAACAUAACUGGCCAACAUCAAAAGUUUGGUGUACAGGACUGCAGGUGUAACGACAGGGAGAUCUGAAUUGCUGUAAGUUACGUAUAUUUGUUGUAAAUGUUACAGGAUUCCGCAGUAACAUAUUUACAUUAAAGAUGCACGUGUUGACACUAGCUCUGAUGAACAACGUCCAGUAGCAGCCGCACAGUAAACCUGACGUCCAACCACAGGCACUAGCCCCGUCUGUCAAUAUAUUCUAUACACUUAUAUUAUAGGCCAACAUGUAGUGUGAGAGAAGUUACAGGGAAGCUAUCCUGACAGCGAGCAUGUCUGCCCUGUCUCCGGGCGUGAACCAUCUCAUCAACAACACAGGCGUUUGUUGUCGGGCAGACGGGCCAGGUUUCCUCACAGGUGAUGGUCUGGUGGACUGGAAGGCUGUGAAGACCACCCUCCCAGACCCAUUAGAAUUCACUGAUGACAAGUUGUACUUUGAGAGAUGUGUUGGGCUUCUCACUCCACUGUUUCUUCAAUCUGAGGACUACCUUUCCAAACUAACAACAGCAGAGUAUAAUCGCCACUUAUCUCCCCUUACAUCAUGGACGGGUGUUCCAAAGGAACUGACAGAGUGUUUUCAAAUUUUACAAGCAUCAGAGGAAAGGGCAAAUGUGGACCACAUGUUGGUGAUGCUGAUUCUGACCUCUAUGUUAGAACGAUCCCUUGGAGAUGUAUACCUUACGAAAAGAUCUCAGUGUCCGUCUAUGCUGAAGGAUCUGUUACUUACUCCCGAGCUGACACAGAUCUUUGGAUCAGCUGCGAUGCGAACACUACGUGUAGUGUUAGGACCCCCCACAUCUCUCAACUUACGAAAUGUUACAUGGCAUGGCUUUCCUACCCCAGGGGAAAUACCACACAGGUACACCUGGUUCCUGCUACUACUGGUGCCUAGUUUAGGAUGUGUACUGGGACAAGUUACUGCCAUUAUACACAGACCGUACACAGACUUCCCACAACUAGCGGUGUAUCACCCAAAGCUUACAGAAUUCAAAACACCAGCCAGAUCAGAGAUAUUGGAGCUGUUUGAUAACUCGGCCCUCAUUUCUAGGUCCUUGCUACCAGUGUGGUCUGCUGCACUGGACUUGUUCUAUAAAGGAAAGUAUGGAUACUUUGCUGUGUUGAUACUACCCCAACUGGAACAUGCCAUGAGGGUUCUGUUUUCGGUAGUCAACCGAUGUCCAGAGAGAGUGCUCACAGCCGAGGCAACAACACUUUACACAACAUUUGAUGAGAUCUUAGACCCCUUUUUACCUACUGGUCUAAGGAACAAGGUUGCAGGUCAGCUAGGAGAGAAUUGUAUGGACCUUUUACUGGAUUUAUUGGAAUACCCAGCAGGCCCCAGGGUGCGGGACAGACUCGGCCACGGGGCGGUGGACCUGAGCUCAUUUCCUCAAACAUUGGCAGAAGUGAUUCUGGGUACAGCAUUGUACGUUAUAACCAGAGAGGAGGCUGCCCCAACGUCUUUUACCAAGUACUUAGGACUACUGCAUGAUUAUCAGUCUCUAUUUCAUCCUGUGGCCUUAGUCAAACAAAAGAUCAUCAAUGUCACUGACAAAGUGGCCAAGUUAAAUAGACAGAUACAUUACACAUUCCAUCUGGAACCAAGGUCAACAUUCCAUUACACAGAGCUGUGUAGAGAGGAACAUCCACUCCUGGUUACCAUGACAACGGAGAUAGAAAGUCUAGUACAGUCUGUGUGUCAGAGAUGGUCAGAUGGUAGGGUCACUACAGAACAGGUUAUUGGAGGGGUGUUACAACCAAUGGAGGACGGUCGAAGAUUUGUGCACGAGAUUUUGACUAAGAGAAUAAGCACCCUUUACAGGUUCAACAGAGUAGAACCCAAAUGUAACUUACAGCCUUCUUCCAGCAUUAUAUAUUCUCCUAUCCCAGGGGAGGCUACUCUCCAAUCUAACCUACAGUCCACAUCAGAUUUAUUACGAAAUCCUUCAAUGGAUGUGAAGGAUGAAUCUUCACUCAACUUAGAUGGAGCAAAAUCCACCAUUGAUAGAUUUACACCAUAUAUAGAUGCAACCAAACCCAUCAUAAAUAAUGCCACACCCAAUGUUAAUAAAGCCACACCCACCCUUGACGGAGCCAUACCCACUGUUCAUGAAACCACACCUUACAUAGUUGGUGCCACACCCACUGUUGAUGAAGCCACACCCACUGUUGUUGGAAUCACACCCACAAUAGAUGGAACAACAUCCAACAUAGCUGGAGCCACAACCACUAUAAGUGAAACCACACCCACCAUAGACAGAGCCACACCUAACAUAACUGGAGCCAUACCCAAUGUUAAUGAAGCCACACUUACAGUAGAUAGAGCCACACCCACUGUUGUUGAAAUCACACCCACCAUAGAUGAAGCCACAUUCACUGUUGAUAGAUCCACACCCACCAUAGAUGAAACAACACCCAACAUAGCUGUAGCCACACCCUCUGUUGGUGGAACCACACCUACCAUAGACGGAGCCACACCUAACAUAAUUGGAGCCAAACCCACUGUUGUUGGAGCCACACUUACAGUAGAUAGAGCUACACCCACUCUUGAAAGAACCACACCCACCAUAGCUGGAGCCACACCCACAGGUGAUGAAAGAACUCCAACCAUGGAUGAAGCACCACCCAGUAAAGCCAGUGCUGGAGUGGAGUGUGGAAGACAGAGUGAGAUCGUUGGUCUGAUACAGAGGAUCCUGGGAGAGUGUUUGUCAGUAGUCACCCAGGUGGAGCAGGCAUUGAGUGAGCGACAGACAAUGUGGGGGGCGGGCAAACUCCGGCCCAGACAGGAAGACAGUCUGAGAAAACUCAUCAACAGUUGUCCUUGUAUCCACAUGUCGGUACAUUUUGUGGUGUUUGUGGCCCUGUGGCAGCUAUACACCCUGGAUGUGACAGUUACCAAUCAGGACAGCAGACUCCGAGUCAGGUUUUUAAAAGGAGUGCUACAAUACAUGGAGAAGCUAAGAGGCCUCACUAGUGUUGAAAAGAGUAAAUGGAUAGAGGCCAAAGAACUAGGCAUUGUCCUCAUUGACAAAGUCAAACAAUACAUAGCUAAGUCCUGACAUAGCCAUUGGUUUAAGACUUUUAUCUAGUCAUGAGGAGGUGGACCAAAGCUGAAGAGCCCUUACCUUGUUAUAAAUAAAUAAACUUUACAUACCGGGUACAAUAAAACAGUACUAGAAAAAGUUGACCAGUACACAAUCUGGAUAGUAGGUAUUGCAGCACAAACACCUGGGCCAAUUGUUCAAAGUAUAGUUAGUUUAACCGGUAAGUAACACAAAGUUUGAUUUUGUGUUUCUUUAAAACACAACCAAUAAGUGAGUUAAAACUUGCAGAUAGCAAAUAUUUCAGUUCACUAAAAUUACAUGCAAAACUACGAGUUUUUACCUGUUAAAUUGACCAAAUUAUCAGAGGUUGAAAAAUGUCACUAAGAUAAUCAUCUUUGGAACAACUGGACCCAGGUCUUGAUUGACUUACAGGUGAAAUCAGUCUGGUGAUGGGAGUUUAACAGUGCAUUGGUCAGUUCUCUCGAACCUGGUGGUCAGGAAAAGGUCUGAUAAUAGGUGAGAUUCAAGUCAACAGAUUUUUUUUUUCAGCAUAAAACUUUGAAAUAUUCAUAACUCAACAAAUUUUUGUUUUUCUAGAUCAUACUUUUAUUAACGUAACAAAACAUAGAACAAAACAAGCGAGAAACAAAUAUAUAAAUUCUAAAAGCUUGUACUAAUCAGUGAAGUGUACAUUGUAAAGUCUUAAUUGAUUGAGUUAAUGAUUUACCCAUAGUUUUACUGCCAAUUCACUUACUACAAUGUUCAACCUGUUUUAUCACACAAGUCGUGAUGACAGACAUCUUUUGAUCUCAUUUCUGUGUGUAUAUGACAGAACUGUCAAGUCAUGAUGACAGACAUCUUUUGAUCUCAUUUCUGUGUGUAUAUGACAGAACUGUCCAGGGCAAGAAAGGAUUGUAAGGAAUAUCUAUCUUACACCCUGUUAGAUGUGAGUGACAUUACCUGUGUUAUAGCUAGCCCUUGUUCAGAGUGGAUUGGUUUAGGAGUGGGUCCAGGGCUCCGCCUUUGUAGGGGGACACAGGGGGUGCAACAAGCAGUGUUUUUGUUUUGAUAUGUUUUUCUGUUGGAAAAUUUGGUGGAUUCAACUGCGUCACAGUGUAUAGGUAGUUACACCGUAAUCACAAUGAGACAACAACGAUGUGAUAAAAUUCAAAACAUUCCAAUGGUGCCAUGUGGAAACUGUGACACCUUCUUGUGGUUUCUGAGCUAAUUCUGGUGAUUAGAAUAAGAGUAAGUGACUUUUUCAUGCCCAGGGGUGUAGAUAGAAUAAGAGAAAGUGACCUUUUCAUGCCAAGGGGUGUAGAAUAAGAGAAAGUGACCUUUUCAUGCCCUGGGGUGUAGAAUAAGAGAAAGUGACCUUUUCAUGCCCAGGGGUGUAGAAUAAGGAAAUGUUAACCUUUGGAUUUUCAAAAAGUGCAAAACCCUGGACAAGCCUCAGGUUUUACCAAGUUUAAAAACUGAGUGGUUGGAAUUUCCUUAACCUACAAUCGUGCUUACGAAGGACAGUCUUUGACAGCAGUACAUAUUGUUAGUAGACCUGAGAGUCAUGAGGUAGACACUGUACUUAUUUCAAGAUAUGGUGUCAGUGCUAGUAUUUUAUGUUUUAUUCUAAUUUGAAUUAAAUUUUUGUGGACAUAUGUCUUUGGUAAAUAUUUUAAAAGAGCUUUGUCUAUACAUGAUAUGAUAUGAUUUAGUCGUUAAGACCCAACAUAUUCCCGGUAAAUGACCUUAGCUGUCGAUAGGACGAUAACCCUAUAAAACCAAACUAAAACUAAAUAGUAUCACAGUCAUGCUACUGCCAUGAUGCUAUGCACAGAAAGUUAUGAUAAUGCCCUGAAUUAAAAUAUUUUAUUGAAAAUAUGUUUGUUUUAUGCAUUUAAAUUUUAAUAAACUUGUAGGUUUCUUUCCAAAACUGACAACCUGACACUGGCUAUGUGGUUUCUACCUCAGUUUGUUAAUGGUAUUGGAAUUUUAAAGUUUGAUAUUUUCCUGUAUGUGUUUUAAGUUAUUUACAUUUGUAUUAUAGAAUUUACUUAAAUUAUUAUGUUGAAAAAAGGAUCAAUAGUGACUUUAUACUUAUAAAUCAAUUAUGCUAAUUUUCAGAUGUCUGAAAGAAUCCUACAAUGUAAAGAUGCAAUAUGUCCAUCUUACUUUUACAUGUAUUUGUUCUUGGUUUCUUUUUAAGAGUAGCACUUUUAACAGCUGACUCAGUAACCCAUCAUCAGAAAUCAUUUUUAUAUAUUUAUUUGUUAAUUGUUAUAAUGAAAUAAAACAAUUAUUUAUAUAAAUGUAUGACUUAUUUUGAUACUACAAAGUACAGAGAUGUAGCUGUAAACAUAGUCGACCUUUAUAUCUUGUCCAUAAUUAUCAUUGAAUAUUGCAAUUAUGAGUUAACUCUUAUAAACAGUGUAGUUAUGUAGGGCACCAGGAAUUAUUGUAGUGAUCUGGAGUCAUACCUUGUUGUGAUGGACUUUUACUAAAACAAAUACGCUGAAAGACUUUCCAAUAUCAACACAAACACCCAACCAGCCUGAUGAUGUCCAUACUGUCAUUGUAACACUACAUAGGGUGGUCUACAAUGUAUCCAGGUCUUUGUUCAAGUAUAAUCUAUACUUUGCAUAUAAAAGUGUCUUUUACC